AUGGACACAGACCAGGCGACAGCAGAAAAACUCACCCCAGCUAAAGGUGACAAAGCGAAAGCAACAGGAGAAAACACGCCAGAAACUACAACGGAGGUGACGAUGGAGACAGGACAGGAGAGCGGCAAAAAAGAUGACACAGUAACAAAGCAAAUCGAAAACAACAAGAUGGCUGAGCUUCACGUUUCGGACACAGAAUUGGACAAAGACAUAAGUGCGGACGACCAUCAAACAGGUGGGAAAAGGAAGAAGGGGAGCCAAACCAAACCGAAAAAGCCACAGAAAACAACAACGGUAAAGGUCUCGCAUGCAGCCAAUCGGAACCCUUUCAUGGACAAUUCAAGUGUGUCACGCUAAACGUAAACGGCAUGGCCGAAGGACCAAAACGAACACAAAUAUAAGACUUUUUAUUAGCACAGCAGGCAGAUAUCUUUUUACUGCAAGAGAUUCACAAUUCAACAAAAACCGAAGAAACAAAAUGGACACGAGAAUGGGGCAGCCAAGCUUUUUGGAGCCCAGGCUCGCAUCGAAGCUGGGGGGUAG